UAAUAUUUGUUUAUACAUAAAUAUUGAAAAGGAAAUAAUUUAGUGUUGAUAUGAUGUUAUUAGGUGUCCCAAUUCAAUAGUGAUUAAAAGAUUUCGGAUAAAAUUAUUUUCAUGUCGUGGAUAUAUUGCAUAUAAAUAAUGUAAUGACAAAGACAACUCGAGUUAAAAACAUUUUGAUCGAAUAUAUGUGACGGAAGUAAUAUAUUUCAAAAGAUCUAAAAUAUAAACCUAUGAUAUUUUCCGAAGUGCAAGGAAAAUUGAAAAACAAAAGGAAAUAUACACAAAAUACACACUGCGAAAAUUGAUGCAAAAUAAAGGCGGAAACUUCUUCUAAAAGAAGAGAAUAAAUCGGAAAUAAGAACAAUUUAACAAGUAAUAACAAACAUUUCCUGCUGCAAUACCCAGUUUAACUGAACUUGAAAUUUUACGAAGUGAAAUCAAUAACAUAGAUAUAACAACUUCAUCGUUAAUGAAUACGCGCAAAUUAUCAUCUUGGAAUAUAAAUACCUGACUACAAAGGUAAUUCUGUGGUCAUUAGUCAGCGGCAUUAUUGCCCUGCUGCAACUUGGUAAGCACUAACGCCCUUCUUGCCUCGUUCAAGUGGGCGGGACGUGUUAAUUAUACAUCUCUAGCUUUGUUGGAGCAGUUAAAAAAAUUCAUCAAAGUGGCGCGUUACGGGCACGGAAAAGAAGCAGCGUCGCGCUCCAUGUUUUCCCGACGCUUGCGAAGACGUGUACGAGACUCAACGCCCUGCCACCAUCGUACGUGCAUACGUAAAGUGGCCAAAAUUCCAAAUCCCAACGCUAAAAUAUUGACACAUACCAUUUCAAUAAAACUGGGGUCCAGUGUACAACCUGUGCCACAUGCUCAUUACCAACAAGAACUAAAGAGGCAUCAACGACAGCAUUUGGUUAGCCACUUAAGGAUUUAAGCAUGUAGUAUUAUUCUAAACAUAAAUAUAAAGUGCAAACGAAAACACUUUUAAAGAUAUAGUAGUGUUUAUCCAAUCACAAUAAAAGCCAGAAAAUACACUUUAGUGCAUAACGCAAUCAAAAAAUAUAAAGUAAAAUCGGCACCAUUUAAUAAUCACUAAACCAAAUAGAAAAAAAUAAUAAUAGAGAACUGAAGUUGUACUUAGGUACAGCAAAUAUACAGGUGAAAAAAGAGACAUUUUAAGGCACAAGAAAAAUUCUUCUAAAAUACGUUGGACGUUGAGUACUUUGUUUCUUUCUUGAAGUCACUUGGGCGAAUAGAAAUCAACUGUUACCAAUGAAAGAUGUCACAAAGAGGUAAACGCGGUAAUCAUCAACAUCAUCAACGUCUCGACGUUGAGCCACAACCUCCGCCAACAAAGAGGCGUAAAGGUCGGCCUCCCAAUGGAGGUGGAGGUAGUAAUGGCAGCGGUGGUAGUGGCGGAGGUGGGGUAGGGAGUGGACUUAAUGGCAACAUUGGCGGUACAAUUGGUGGCAGUCAAAGCGGUAGCAUAGGAGUCACUGCACCUUUAUGUGUACCAUAUACCGCUUCUUCUUCAAUAAGCAAUAGCAAUGUCGACAAUGAGCAAAAUAGCGUUGUCGCUUUAGUAUCGGAGGAAAUGGCAGCAUUAGCUUCCACAAGUGCUAAGGUAGCUGCCAGCCAGGGAUCGUCUUCUUCAGCGGCCGCUUGGCAGCCGCGUUCGGUGGCAGAUAUUAAAAUUUCAAGUAUUUACAAUCGAAGCUCAACGGAGGCACCAGCCGAACUCUAUCGUAAGGAUCUCAUAAGUGCAAUGAAAUUGCCAGAUUCAGAGCCCUUGGCUAAUUACGAGUAUCUUGUGGUUAAUGAUCAAUGGAAACAGGAGUGGGAGAAGGGUGUGCAGGUACCUGUUAAUCCCGACUCUUUGCCAGAGCCAACCGUUUAUGUGCUGCCAGAACCAAUAGUGCCGCCUGCGCAUGACUUUAAACUUCCCAAAAAUCGCUUCCUGCGCAUAACCAAAGACGAUACCUACUCAAGCGAGUUGCAUUGUCUGACGAAUGUGGUUGCGCAAGCGGAGAAUACAUGUGCCUACGACAUUGAUCCGGUCGAUGAAGUUUGGCUUAAAUUACUCAACUCCGAUCGGGCACAGUACGGUGCUUUUUCCAUUACGGAAACACAAUUUGAGCGCGUAAUCGAAGAAUUAGAGAUUCGAUGUUGGGAGCAAAUACAGGUAAUCCUGAAAAACGAGGAGGGUCUUGGCAUCGAGUACGAUGAAAAUGUAAUAUGCGACGUGUGCAGAUCUCCCGACUCUGAGGAGGCAAACGAAAUGGUAUUCUGUGAUAAUUGCAAUAUUUGCGUACAUCAGGCAUGUUAUGGUAUUACAGCGAUUCCAUCAGGGCAAUGGCUUUGUCGGACGUGUUCGAUGGGUAUUAAACCGGAUUGUGUACUUUGUCCUAACAAGGGUGGCGCUAUGAAAUCUACAAAAUCAGGCAAACAUUGGGCGCAUGUAUCAUGUGCUCUAUGGAUACCAGAAGUAAGCAUUGGUUGUGUAGAUCGCAUGGAGCCAAUAACAAAAAUCUCGAGCAUUCCAUCGAGUCGUUGGGCACUUGUUUGUAUAUUGUGUCGAGCUCGAGUCGGCGCAUGCAUACAGUGUUCAGUUAAAACUUGUAAAACCGCCUAUCAUGUGACAUGCGCAUUUCAACAUGGCCUUGAGAUGCGCGCAAUUAUUGAGGAAGGCAACGCAGAAGAUGGUGUUAAGCUUCGUUCAUAUUGUCAAAAGCAUAGUGUUAGUAAGGGUAAAAAGGAAGGUAGCGGCGCGCAUAGCAGUAGCACAAAUAAACAUAAUAGUACACAUGGUGCAGCUAAUGAAGAGGACGAUUGUCGGCGACGUAAAAGUCGAAAGUCUGACAUGACAUCCGAGGAACGCAAUCAAGCACGUGCUCAGCGUUUACAGGAAGUUGAGGCAGAAUUCGAUAAACACGUCAAUAUUAAGGAUAUCAGUUGUCAUUUGUUCGAUGUGGACGAUGAAGCUAUUGAAUCGAUUUAUAAUUAUUGGAAAUUAAAGCGCAAAUCUCGUCAUAAUCGUGCUCUAAUCCCACCCAAAUCGGAGGAUGUUGAGAUGAUUGCCCGUAAGCAAGAGCAACAGGAUCUCGAAAAUCACAAGUUGGUCGUGCACUUACGUCAAGAUUUGGAGCGUGUAAGAAAUCUCUGUUAUAUGGUUAGUAGGCGUGAAAAGCUUUCGCGAUCACUAUUUAAGCUACGAGAACAGGUAUUUUAUAAGCAAAUAUCAGUGCUUAGCGAUGAUAAUUUGCGAGAUAUUGGUAGUAGUAGUAGUGGUGUUUCCAAUGUGCCCAAUACGGCGAUUGAUGCUAGCUUAGAUGAUAGCUUCAAAACGGCCGUCAUUUAUGCAAAUGAUGGUCCAACGCUGUAUGAUAGGUUUUAUUCAUCGAAUAGCGGUGAAAAUAUUCCAGCACAAUACCAAAAUAUUAACUUCAUUUUAGAGAAGCUCUUAGGUAAUGUGAAGGGUAGUAAAGGUCGCGGUGCUGGUACGCGCACUUCAACAUCACCCACAAAACGAAAAAGUACACAAGCCUCUGCGUCGGCAAUAUCUAAUACUAACACAACAACAAAUACUACAAACGCAAGUGCGAACUCAAUAAAUGCAAAUGCAAGUGCAACGGGCGCGGGUAGUAGUAGCAAUAGUAAUAAAAUCUCGCCAAAUAAGAAGGUAAAUAAUGGUGCAAUAGCAUUAGCACAAGCGAGUGGUGCUUUGAUAGCGGCAGCAACUGCGUCAUCAGCAACAGUAGCGGGCACCGAAGCGAGCAGUGAAAAACAGACAAAUUCUAGUCGCCGCAGCUCGGCCAGUGCUACUGGUAGUGGAGCUGGUGCUGGUGCGGGUGCAGCAACAAGUGGAACGGUGGCGGAGAAAAAUCGGCAUGCUGCAUCGAAAACUAACGCAAUUGGUAACACCACUUCGAAUAUAAAGUCGAUGGCAGCUGAAUCGCGUUCGCGUGCCUUGAAAGGCGGUAAUAUUGGGGAGAAAAAAUCCGCGUUUAAAUCUUCGGGCAAAGUAUCGGAUGAAAGUAGCCAGUCGUCAGGGAGUUCAUCCUCCGGUGAUGAUGACUCGUCAUCGGAGGAAGAAGGAACGUCAACCGAUUCGGGCAGCUCUGGUUCCGAUGAUGAAUCUGACACGGGCUCAUGCUCCUCUGCCUCCACAUCCAGUGCCGGCAGCGUCGUACAAUCCGACAAAGCAGCCACAACAACAGAUGCGCGAAAAUUAUCACCUACCAAAUCAGGUACCGCAACACAUGCGUCUGCGACAGUUGCGAAUCAAACUCAGAAGAAGCACAGUUAUUCACGAUCUGUCGAGUUGCGGCAGAAGCAGCGUAGGAAAAGCGCUAACAAUAGCAUCGCAGCCACAGGCUCGGCGCGAGGCGAAACCGCUGCUACCACAGUGCUGUCCAGCUCUAGUGAUGACGAACAGGAAAACCGAUCAGUACCUGCGAAACACCAACAACAGCAACAACAAUCUAAGUCAACAAAGCAAAACAACAUUAGUCCGAAGAAAUCUAGCCUCAGCACAGCAAAUACAUCAGCAGCACCACAGCGACCACCAUCAGCAACAACAACAACGACUUCACCAACGACCACAGCAAACCGUGGUCGAGACUUCCUCUCCCAGAUGGCCGAACAGUUGCAACAGGAGAAGGGAUCUGAGAGUACAUCCAGCGACGAAAGUGAGGAGUUGUUGCCAUUAAAAGGUGCUGAUAGAAAUCCAAAUGGUACAAGUGGUGCGACCACAGCAAUUUCAGCCCCAACGUCGUCUCUGGCCGGACGUACGGCGUCAAUAGUGCAACAAAUAUACUCGGACUCUGAGAGUCUAUCAGGUGGUGAAGCUGAUAAAGAUGAACGUGCAGUAGAGAGCAACGUAAGCGACUCGCAAAAUCAACAGACCAUACGUACCAAGGCGGCAAUGAAAGAAUUUACAUUGCAACAACAACAACAAUCAUCCACAGCCUUAAGCAAUCGGGGAAAGAAGGAACCAAUGUCCAAGUCUAUAAGUACACAUAGGAUAGUUGAGCGUAAGUCUGAUCAAAAACCAGUAACAAGCGCACAAAACAAGACGCCGGGCAGCGAUGUUCAAAGUCGAGGUAAAAAGGCAAGCGCUGCAGCUAUCGAGCGACAGAAUAAACUUACAGCAGAUUUAUUGGUCGUACCACAGCGGCAAGCGGCGAAGAAGGCAUCAGAAAAUAUGCGUUCGACAGGUAUUUAUACUACGGCUGCUGGUGCUGCAGGUAGUACAGCGGGAGGCUUACCAAGCACAGAUCGUGAUGUUGUCGAAAAGUCUAGAGAUCAGCGUUCAGAUAAAGAAGUUGAGAAAAGCAGAGGCAAGGAGUCUGGCGCUAAGAAUGAGGAUAAAGCAGAGAGGAUGCGUGCAAAGGAGAAAGCUCCUAAUAACAGUAGCAGUAUUGCCAAGUCUGUGGACUCUGAUGUUAAGGAAAAGGAGAAAGAGAAAGAUAAGGAAAGAUCUAAAGACAAGGAAAAAGAAAAACACAAAGAAAAAGAAAAGGAACGUGGAACAGGAAAGCGAGGCAGACCGCCCAAAUUAACGCCUCGGGACGUUGAAACCAUUUCUCCAGCAACAUCUGCGCAGAAGGACAGUGAAGCCUCCAAAAAUGAUUACAACUCACCGAGCAGGGCGCGAAAAGAUGACAAAAAUGUCAGUAAAACAGUUGAAAGUCAACCAAAUGUAAAAUCGACAUCAACAACAUCAACAGCAGACAGAAGCGCUCGUCUUUCUAUUGAUCAGACGGUGGUUGACUCCGCUAAAUCUACAACGCCAACCGCGUCUAAAACAAAUGAUCCAAAAGCGAACAACAUCCUUGUCACUUAUGUACCCCAAAGACAAGCAGCGAAAAAAGCGGCUGAACAACUUAAAAGCAGUGGCAAACUUCCCGCCGUUAAUGAAGCUUUGCCUGAAGAUAAGGAGCGCUUAGAACGCACUGAAAAGGAAAGCAAAUUGAGGACACCUGAAGGCCGUAGUACACGGAUGCCGCCCCUUAGGCGGAUGUCUAUGCGUGAGAGCACUGCAGCAACUUCGAAAGACGUGGUGACGCCUGUGCCAAAGACACCCACAACAAGUAGACGCCGUUCUAAGGAUAUAUCUGUUGAAAUGACAGUACAACAACAACAGCAGCAGCAGCAAACGCCAACUAAAAAGUCAACAGCAACAACAGCGCUUUCGGAAUCUUCAAGUUCUGGCUCAGAUGGCAGUACCAGCUCAACUUCAUCGGACGGCAGUAGCGAUAGCGGCAGUAGCAGUGAUUCCACUGACGGAGAAAGCGAAGUUGUUGAGGAGGAAGAACGUCUUACACGUGCUGCAGCAGCCAAUAAGCGUUCACCUCGUAAAUCAAUUGAUAAGCCGCCAGCUAUGACUCGGCAAAACUCAACCGCGAACAACUCUACCACCAGCGCAACAACAGCUAGCACCAAGUCGCCAAAGAGUUCUCCGCAAAAGCAACUGCGACGUAAUAUCAGUAAUACCAGCAGUAGCAGUGGCAAUACACUUACUGCAGAUGAGGCCAUCGGAGAAAGUAAGCAAAAAUUGACGAAACGUAAAUUAUCUUUGGAUGACAAGACAAAGAAGAUAACGCCAGUCAAGGCAUCGUCGUCAGAGGCUGCAAUUGUUGUUGAUGAUGAUGAUGAAGGUCCUACACCGACGCCACAACCCAACUCGAUGCGGACUCGUGCCAUGCGUCGGUCGAAAUCAGGACCAUCAUCGCCGCCUCAUUCAUCACAGCUCCUCUCUACAGAAACCGACAAGAAGGUAGACCAAAAGAUCCAGCUAAAGUCACCUAAAGCCGCAAUACCACUGACACAUUCAUUGGCAUCGGCUUCCGAUCGAGUAUCUGAGAGUGAAAGCGAAAAGAGCAAGUCUGUGUUAACCUUAACCGAGGAAAUAUCGCAACGUAAAGCGUCAAAUAGCAACACAAACACUUCCAACUCCGCGAGCCAACAGGGAAAUGGUAAACAUCAAAAUAAAAACCAGGGUUCCUUGGACAAACUGUUGAAUAAACUGGAGCAAGAAGCAAGCAGAAGUUCUAUGAUAAGUGCGCUCGAGUCUUGCACGCCGCUACCGACCACAACGCUACCAACAAAUAUCGACAAUGAAAAUUUAGAUGCCAAAGAGAGCACUCCGACGCCGAUACAAACGCCGACAGCGACGCCUACGCCUACGUUAAUUUCAACAUCAGUUUUGACUUCGGGAGAUAUUACAUCCAUUGCUCCACCUGAACCUCCGAAAAUUAUUAUUGAUACGAAAAAUGAAAGUGGUGAGGUGCCAAUGGACAUUGACGAGGAGUUAACUACAGCGCCAACGCAUACGACCUUGCCAUCGAGCAAGAUUUGUGAUCUGGAGGAUAUCGAUGAACGGCCACCGGCAGCACCAAUGCCUGCGUCGCCUCCAUCACCUGCAACUUCGGUGUCGGAUGAUGAACGUUCGAAUGCAUCAGAUGAACGGGACUCCAAUGGUGGCAGCCGGCGUCGAAGACGGCUGCAUCGAAGACAUCGACGGACGCGACCCGGCAGUCCGCCACUGUCACCAGAGGAAGAACAUACACAUCACACACAGCAUUUACUCAACGAAAUGGAGCUGUUGCGUGAACUAGAAGAGGAACGUAAAAUGGCUGCUAACGCAAGCAAAUACUCGGCAUCCUCCUCAUCACCAGCAGUAGCGGUUAUACCGCCUGAGCCACCGGAGAUCAUUGAAUUGGACUCUAAUUCCAAUUCUACAGGCAGUGAGCGACUCAAACAACAACAACAACAACAACAGCAGCAGCAGCAACAGCAACAGUCGCAACAAAAUAUUCAGCAACAGCAACAGCAACAACAAGCGCAUCAGCUACUUCCACAAACGCAUCAACAACAACAACAACAUCAACAACAGGAACAACAAAUUCCCCAUCACCAACAACAGCAAAUCGAUUUAGCCGGACAAAUUGCAACAGCAUCAUCAGUGCCACAAACGCCCGCGUCACCUUCGUCUUCACCCGCCUUGGUGGUGGACAUAUCUGGCGGAACGCCUAUUCAGAAAACGAACCUGGAAGGCAACAUGAGCAUACCGCCAACGCCUCUUAACAUUUCAUUGCAUGAAUCUCACAACAACAUGGACGAAAACUCCCAGGGCGCAGUGAGCAUAAACGAGCUGAAUAACAGUAACAGCCGUCAUCAGCCGAUUGUUGACACGAUAUUAGAUAUGGAAGAUAAUGUGCAACAAAAACAACGGCAACACCAGCAAAAUGCAUUUGCAAAUGCCUUGCUAAGUGCAGCCUCAUCAUUCUCGACGACUGGGAACGCUGACUCGGUACUAGAUGAACCCGCUGAUGGCCUUAGCCUCUUAGGCACAUCAACUAAAGAACUAACAGAGGAAGAUAGUUUCUUGGCAACGCGUAAUCUAGUUAACAAAUUGCGUAAAAAGCGCUUACGCACUGAUGACCCCAAAGAAGCCGACCUACUGAAACCUCCUCCCACCCCAGCCAUACCUUCGGUAUUUCCAUUCCAUAAUGCUGCCGAUCCAGAAGAUAUUAUUCAUGUUCAAAAAGAAAAUGCCGAGGUUGCAGCAGCAGCAGCAGUGGCAGCGGCAGCGGCAGCGGCAGUGGCGGCAGCUGAUGUAACUAGUUGUCUUUUCGCUGCCCAUAGCAGUAAGAGCAAUACUGCAUCUUUGGUAUCGCGCGAUCAUCAAAGGACCGGGGAAAUAAAAGACGGCACUUCGAUGGGCGUUUCGCCUGUGACUUUAACGCCAACAUCCAAUGCUUACAACCGUACCCCACAUUCUGGUGCCACAACACCAAAUGCCACACCGAAUUCGAGUGCUUCCAUGGGUGGAAUAAAUGUUGUCGCCAACAGUAGUUUGCCCAAUAGCAACAACAGUAAUAAUAACCUCGGGGCACUGGCCUUCCCCGAGCCGGUUGUGGGCUUUAUGGAGAAAAAUGUUGCUGCUGACUUAUGCAAUGUGCCAAUAUCACCGUUACAACAACAACAACGACGACAACAACAACAGCAGCCACAGCAUCAACAAGGCCCAGGUAGUUAUGGUCAAACGCAGCAAGGGCCGCCGCAACCACCGGAUGUGGCGGAAAUAACAUCUUUCCUCGAAAAGGAGCUCGCAAACAAAGCGAAUAACAAAGGUGGCUCUGUAAGUUGUUUCAACAAAAUUCCAAGCUCCACAGCCGGAAAUGUUGGUGCAGUGCCUGGAGCUCCCGACUUCGUGGAUUUGCAUGCUGCCGCAGCUGCCAAGGAUAAUAUUAACUUUUCUGGCACCAGUCGCGUUGUGGGUAGCAAUAAUAAGAUGGUUGUUGAUUGUGACUUUGAUGAGAAUACACGCAUGCAAUCACCGUACGCAUUACGUGCCACUCGUCUAUGGAAUGAGAAUGAAAUGAUUGCGGCAAGGCGCUCGUCAUCGCCGAGCUCAGUGUCGGAAUCUAAUGAUCAAACGAGCGCAAUGGAAAUGCAGCAGCAACAACAGCAUCAACAGUUGCAGCAACAACACCUCCAACAUACGAUGCAGCAACAGCAGCAGCAGCAGCAACCGCCACCACAUCUCCAGUCCAAGGAUUUGGGCAAUAAUGUGCUGAGCGCUCAGAGCGCGAAUCUGCAACAGCCCACGGUAGCACAGAACUGCAAUAAAGGCUACUUUAAUCGAGUCGACGCCUACGACAUACCCUUCACCCACACCCAACAACAGACACCGCAACAGCAAUCUCCAUUGGUCAACGGUAUCGAUUCGAUAAUGAACUACAAUCAGAGCUACAAUCAACAGCAAACAACGCCAACCCAUACGCCGCAACAACAACAACAGCAACAGCAGCAGCAGACUACACCCAAUCGAGGCAACAACCAAUAUAACGGUGGCUCGGUUAGCCUAUUCCACAAUACCACAUCGAACAUGCCGGUUAUGAAUCAAAUGCCGUUCGCACCCAAUUCCUCCGUUGGCACAAUGUAUCCCGCAGCCACAAGUAUGAGUGGUAAUGUUGGCAUGACAACGACUACCGCACAGCAACAGCAACAGGCGUCCAAUGACGUUGGCAUGUAUGGGAUGCGUAGCAGUGAUCCCAACUCUGCAGUUGCCAAUGCCGCCAUGGCUGGUGCUGCGCCACAAAAUCAAUAUGGUGGCGCUGCUUUUACCUCGUCAACCCACAAUCUGGCAUUGACCGCAGCCAUUGUUGGUACACCGGGCGGUCCCUCUUUGCUCGACCAUCACUCGCCGCAUCAGCAUCAGCAUGCUAUGCAUGCGCAACAAUCGGCGGUGCCACAACAACAACCGCAAUCUGCACAAUAUGGUAUGAAUGUGCCAUCUGACAAUGGGCCAGCGCCCGGCUUGUACAAUCAAAUAAUGAGUAACUGCGCUGAAGCAAUAAUGCCGGUACAGCCUACGAACCAGCAACAGCAGCAGCAGCAACAGCACCAGCCGCCAACACCGCAAAAUACACCCACAAAGGAGUCGCCGUCGAAGCGCUCCUCUACGCGGUACAAUCAACAACAGCAACCAACUCCUCGCAACUCGCACAAGUCACCACAAAUUCAGCACAAAUCGCCAGGUAAAUCCCCACGUCAAAUGGAAAUGCUUAGCAAACAGUUGCAAAUGCAACAGCAGCAGCAACAACAACAGCAACAGCAGCAACAGCAGCAGCAGCAGCAGCAGCAACAGCAACAGCAACAGCCGCAACAACAGCAACAAGCGUUAACAGAAUACACAAACAUUCCACAGAAACCACCACCACCUCCACCUAAAUAUGACCCCUUAACGCAUACGCUGGCUGGCAAGCCACGGCAACGUGCACCACGUGGCACCGGCGCAGGUUCGCGGGGUCGUGGUCGUGGUAGGGGUCGCGGGCGCGGUAGUAGCUCAGCCAACACCGUCAUACCGUUGCCGCCCCAGAUACAACACGAUGGCAAUGCUCAUUAUGUGAACAAUUUGGUCGGCACACCUUUUGAAUUCAACUACGAUGAAGAUCUGACAGCACCAGGAGUUGAGAACUUGCAAUCGCUGCGCGAUCGAAGGCGUUCAUUUGACGCCCGCUGCAAUCAACAGGCUGCCAUGUCGCAUCCUCAUCAACAAACGACGUCUGACACACAAAAAUAUACCAGCCCAUCUGGGUAUGGCAGUUGCAAAGUCCGCGGUGCUGGCGCCGGCGUAACAAACUCUGCCACAGCCAGUGGUUUGGUGAAUUGCAAUAACAGUGGUGGCAGUAGCCGCAGUACAUCGCAUUUGGCAGACGCACUCAAAUCAAACAAUGCUAGCAGUUUGGAUCACUCGAGCACGCAGCAAUCUCUUUUACAUUCCAUUGUGCAGCCGGUGCUGCCAGGUCCGGUCGAUAUGCGGACCUACAAUGUUUACGAAGCAUCCGCUUCACAAGAGACUUAUAACAACAGUUUGCUGAGUGAUUUCGAUUCCGGUGCUGCCGAGCAAACUUUGCCAGAGUUCGAUGAGGAGGACGAAAAGGAAUUCCAGUCUGCGUUGCGAGCGACCGGAUCGACCAUCUCCACAAAACAAUUAACACCCGUUACGAGCGGUAAUAGCACAGUUGCAACCAAUAUUGGUGGCGCUGUUGGUGGUCCCGCGUCAAGUCUGAUUGGAAAUACCAGCACGGUGUUGAAUGACGUUAGCGCCACUGGCAGUGGCCUAUCCAAUACAUGUUCGACGUCCGUUAUUUCUGAUCUAGUAAUGCCAGCUGAUCUGCAGACAUCAAUGGAGACCACUUCUGAAGAAGUAUCCAUCGAUUCGGACACGACGCUCACUACAAAAGCCUCACUUUCCGAUUCCCGCAACCAACUUAAGUUGAAAAUUAAGGGUCCACUAGCUUGCCCUGACGGCAGCUACAGUUACAACUCAUCAAGUACUUCGAUAAGCGUGCAUACUGCCAAUGUUACACAGGCAGCUGCGGGUAUUGUGCAAACAUCUGUAUCCCUUCAUAGCCAGAUUUCGGCGAGUGUGGUUGGUGGCACAUCUGUAAGUGGUGGCGGUAACAGUAGUAGUGGUGGCAUGAACUCUCGACGCAUGCGUAAGAAGGAAUUGCUAAGUCUUUAUGUGGUUCAAAAGGAUACACAUAUGGAUGAUUCGUCAAGUGGACUGCCGUCCACUGAUGUUGGUUUGACGAAUGCGGUCGAUAGUUUACGCAAAGGUGAAGGUUUGGGUGGCACCCUUGAUGAAUAUGGCAGCGAGUUGGGUCUUCAAGGCACAUCGAAGCGCUCUAAGAAAAAUUCAGGCCGCGAAUUGCGAUCGAUGGAUGCUGCUAAUGACUUGAACGAUAAUGGUGCCGUGUUGGGCAAUGAUGGGCGGCGACGAAGUGCAUGCUCAUCGGGCAGUACGGAUGAGCGUAUUGGAAAAACUGGGGCGGCAUCGAGUGCCGGCAAACGUCGUGGACGCAGCAAAACGCUCGAGGGUUCUGAAGAUGAACCUACACCGAAGUUGAAGAUUAAGAUACGCGGGCUGGCCGAUGGUAGUGCGAGUGCAACAGCGAUUAGUGAUAAUUCCGCCUAUGACAACAGCUAUCAGUAUGAUAUGUCACGGCGCAUGGUUAGCUGUCCGCCGAAAAAGAGGUUGACCACGAAUUAUACCCCACCUACGCUGGAGGACUAUCGACGCGAGUCGAUGAACUAUCGUAAAAUGGUUAUGCAAGAUUUCGGCGAAGAUGAUGAGGAGCGUACACGACGUGGUGGUAGUAGUAGCGCACUGGACACCUCUGUGCUGCCAUCUACUAAAAAACAAAAGUCUUCCAAACCGAAAAAAGACAAAAAGGAAAAACGGCGUAAUAAGGAGAAACAAAGCUCGCCAGCUUCAGGAGAUAUGAGCAUGGCAGCGACCGUAGUUGAAAAUAUGGCAAGUGCAUCACCAGGAGAACCGCCAAAACUGAUUAUACGCAUAGGUAAACGAAAAGCCGAUGUGCCGGACCUUGCAGAACGAUCUACCUCCGCCGAAACCGCUGCUACGCCGCCAAUGGUCGCAGCACCAAUACGUUUAAAGUUGGCCAGGGCCUCGGAUGGUGGUGGCUAUGUCAUUGGCAACAAGAAGAAAAAAUCAAAACGUACGCCAACCUCCACUUCGACACCAACCACCACACCUGCCUCAACGCCCGGUGGCAACACCGCUAAUAUAACGCCGCUUGCGACCAACACAAUUUCCUCGGCCCACACUACACCUACCACGAAAACCAUUAGCGACUUGACGGGCGACGACUCGGCAAAUUACAAUUGUAAUAUUAGCGGUGAGCGCACAACGCCAAAUGUGGUCGAUGUGCUAAACAAUUUUGGUGCAGUACAUGUCGGCGGUGGGAUUAGUCAUCGCGAAGAAACCGAUCCGCUUGCGUCGACGCCGAAGGAGGCGAGCACGCCGUCGCCUCGUUUGGUAAUCGACACUUGUAAAGGUGUCGAUGUGCACGAUUCCAAUACGGCGAGCUCACUCGCCGAAGCUAUGUCGGUGAGCACAGGCAUUGGAGGCGAGGCCGGUACGAUGAGCAACACCUUUGCACCUAUAGCACCACUCACAGUUAACUGUACUGAGCACAGCAGUGGCAAUAGUAAUAGCAACAGCCAUAGUCAUAGUGCCAGUAGUAGUAGUAGUGGUGCCAGUGCGAGCGGCAGUAGCUUAAGUGGUGGCACACUAAAUAGUAGCCAAAAUACGAUAAAUAACAAUAGCAACAAUAAUAAUAAUAGCAACAGUAAUAGUCACAACAACAAUAAUAACAACAAUAACAAUAACAGCAAUAAUGGUUUACUUCCAUUAAACAAAGACUGCGAAGUCAGAUGAUAAUCAGGAAAUUGGUCCCCGCUGAACCAUCCACCGCGGUUUUAAUGACGCAAAUUAGUUAUACAUAUGUAUAUACAUACCUACACAUAUACAUAUACAUACAUAUUUAUGCUUGUGUUCGUGUGAAAUUAUUUAAUAAUCGAAGCGAAAGCAGCGGGCGCAUGUGCAAAGGAAUAAAGAUGGCUUCAUGACAAGUUCAGCUUGAAUACAUUUACACACUCAUACGUAUAAAGCGGCGGAGCAAACCUACUAGUUUCAAAAAAUGAUUGGAAUUUUAAUAUGUUUUUAAAAAGGAUAAAAAAAAAGCGUUUAAUGCGUCAAAAUUUUAUCAACUGUUCAAAUACACCUACACACCCACACUUACCUAUAGAUGGUUUUAUUUUAUUUAUUUUGCAUAUUUAAGAAUGCAUUUGAAUGUGAACAUUUUUUUUAACUUUGAUUGGGACACACACUACUACACUCCUCUAGCCAUUUUAAAGUAAAUAACGAAAUCAGUACUGAAGUAACGAAAAAUUUUGUUGACUUCGCAGUAUGUAAAUGCUCUAAAAAUAAAUUUCUCAUUGAACUACAGAGAAUGUUGUACUAUAUUUAUAUGCGUCUAAAGAAUAUUCAUUAUGUAUAUUUUAGGUUGAAUUAUUUUAUUAGAGAAAUUAUGUUUAUAAAUAUUUAUUGAAACACAAUUACUAAAAUGCUCUAUAAUGUGAUGGGCGUUAUUUUUCUUUACAUUGAAAUGUUCCAUAGAGUGUUAUUUCAAGAGAAAAGCAUCAUACAAUGAACCCUGUAUAUUAUGUUUAUAUUUUGUUAUAUUAAAUAAUUUAAUUCAAAGUCCAGCAUUAAGUUAUAUAAUGAUUUUACUCGCUGAUAGUUAAGUAUAGGUGGUUUAUUUACAAAAUGUUUCGUUUAAUUUUUUUUUUUUUUUAUCUUUUACAUAUUUGAAAUUUUCUAUGAACAAAAAAUUGCCUUUCUCGAUUGUACAUUUUGAUUUUUAUUUAUAAUUAUUCUUUUAGUAUUUUUAUUUUGGGAGAAAAAUUCCUAAGUCGCAAUGAAAAUUUGGAUUAGACUGAAGAAAUAAAUUUCUUGUUUGACUGAGGCGGCUUAAAUUUAUGUGCAGUGUCCAAUGCAGUUUCAAGAAAAAAGAUUUUAUUAUUUAAUUUUGAUAUUUCCUUUGUGAUAAAUAUUGUACUGAGCGAUAGACACCAAGGGUUUGUUUCUUUGUAUGCCUAUAUGUAUAUAUGUAUAUUGCAUAGGCACAACCACAACUACAAUCAUAUUUCAACAUACAUUUUUUUUUUUGAAUAAAAGGUUUUAAACAUCAUGUAAAUAUGUACUUUGGGCACCUAUAGCGCUCCCAAAAGCUCUUAAGAUUUUUAAAUAAAAUGACAAUUAAAUGCGCAA